AUGCAUUUCACCACAACCACAGCUGGUUAUCACGCCACAGAAGAGAUCUCGACGACAACAGAAGCAAGUACAGAAACUACUUCAAGUCCAAAACAGCAGUGUGGCCGUCGAAUUGCACGGGAAGCCAGAAUUGUAGGAGGAGAUGACACAUAUGAGGGAGAAUUUCCGUGGGCGGUAUCUGUUCGUCUACUAACAACCCAUUACUGUGGAGGGGCGAUUAUCAACAGGUACUGGGUGCUUACCGCUGCUCAUUGCGUUAAAAGGUACAGUGCUCGUUAUUUUCGAGUGCGAGCUGGGGGUCAAGAAGUAUCCAUAGACGGUUUUCGACCGGAUUUGGAUGUUCCAAUAGACGAAAUAUCCGUCCAUCCAGAAUUUGGACAACCUCGUCGAUAUUCCAACGACUUGGCGUUGCUCAAGUUGCGUAGGGCCUUGGAAUUUGACGAGAGAAGGCAGCCUAUAUGUUUACCGGAUCCUGACCAGGAUUUGGCCGGAAGAAAUGCCACAGUUGUUGGGUGGGGGUGGCUCAAUGAACUGGACAAAGGCAAAGCUAAAAGACUACAAAAGGUUCAAGUUCCAAUUUUGAACAAUAGCAUAUGUGCACAAUGGUACUCAGAAGAAUAUAAUGGAUAUGUACAAAUACAUGACUAUCAGAUAUGUGCAGGAUACAAAGAAGGAGGGAAAGAUUCAUGUCAGGGUGACAGUGGUGGUCCACUUGUGCUACGUGAAGGCGACAGACACACCUUAGUAGGCGUUGUUUCUGCAGGAGUGGGAUGUGCAAGAAAACAAUUGCCAGGAAUUUAUUCAAGAGUUUCUGUGUUCGUGCCCUGGAUACUUAGAGUGACUGGAGGCUCUUAUGUAUAAUCAUCACAAAGAAUUAGAAAGAACCGAAUCUAAUUCAUUUUCAAAGGGUGAACUUUAACUGGAUUGCAAGCCAGAAAUAUGGACAAACAUUCAAAAGUUCCUGGACCGUGGAUGACUCAAAAACAAUGUUUUGAAAUGGUGGCAAAGAAAAAGAAAAUUUUUAAAACUGAUACUGAUCGUCCAGCUAUAGUCAGGCUUGGACUUUACACUACGACUAUGACUUCAAAACUAUAACUAUUAGAACAUUGUUGCAUCUUUUACUAGAUUGUUUAGUGGUAGAAGAAAUGCACUGACAUUAUUUGAUGUUUUAUAAUUUAUUGUUGAUAUACUGUUGGUAAUAGGGAAAUGAAUUGAAAAUUACCCUAAUUUUCUUUUAUGAUUUGUUACAAACAGGGACGCCCCAAACUUUAUUUUUGGGAGAGGGAAGAUUCUCAGUUCACCAAAUGAAACUCUGAAUUUUAUCGAAUAAUAAAAUACGAGCAUGUACACAUAUCGUCGCCCCAGAGCAACAGUAAGAUAUCUUAGUGUUAUUACUGGGAUUAGAUGUCUUACUGUUGCUCUGAUGCGACGAUA